AUGGAAAGCUUGGAAGAAAUCUCGCGACAGUACGAGGAGACGAAGAGGGAACUGCUUCAUCGCGCGGAGGCGCACAAGAAGAAUAACGGGGUAGCCAAGGCCUCAGGGGGGAAGAAGCAGUACAUUGAAAAGACCGUCCUUCACAAUUUGCAUCGGGUGAUUAUCAGCUACUGCAAUCUGGUGAAGGUGAAAUAUAUCCACUCCUAUAACAGCGCAGAGGUCUUGGAAGAAAUCUCGCGACAGUACGAGGAGACGAAGAGGGAACUGCUUCAUCGCGCGGAGGCGCACAAGAAGAAUAACGGGGUAGCCAAGGCCUCAGGGGGGAAGAAGCAGUACAUUGAAAAGACCGUCCUUCACAAUUUGCAUCGGGUGAUUAUCAGCUACUGCAAUCUGGUGAAGGUGCACAGGGAAGGGCAGCACGCACACGGAACGAAUAAAGGCAAAGGCGGAUCCAAAAAAGGUCACAAAAGGAGAAACAUAAAGGAUACAUGUAAGAACGGCUGGAGUGAUGUGGUCAUUCAUGAUGAGCUCGCAAGAAAAGUGGCACAAACAAAAGCCAUACAACGUGGACACAUAGAAAGAGUAAAUCGGUUUAUUAAAACGGACAAAUCGAUUGGAACCUUUGGAAAGUACGUAGAGAGGGUAUUUCGUUUGAGGAGGCGUAGCACCUUCGAUGGGCGAGUGAACCACACUGAGACACCCCCUAGUGACGCACACAAACCACUGCGCAAACGUAGAAUAAAAAUAAUUUUGGAAAAGGACGUCCACUUUGAUCUCUUCCUUGGGGAAUGCAUGCACUUCCUACAAGUGCUGCUACAUGGGAAAUCUCAGGGUUCAUAUGUGCAGGCGAAUUAUGUUAAGGGCAGGCCGCGAUCUGUGAAGGGUUUAGCCAAGGAGGAUAAGAACAAUUGGUGGAGCAGGAUGUUAAGCGAUGGGGGGAGGGGAAAGCAACUCGGGGUACCAACCGUACAUGUGAACACGUUACCUGGGGAGAAAAAACGAGUUAGUACCCAUUUUGCGGGGAUCCCACAUGGUCGAAUCAAUGCAGGAGUGAGGAAUCCUGCUCGCCCUGGUGAAAAAAAACAUGAAAACAACUCAAAUGAUAAUGAAAGAGAAAGGCGAAAGAAAAAUGACCCUUUUAAAGAUCCCAUCAGUCGCAUGCAUUUCCCGCUUCAACCAAUGGACAUGAAAAUGGAACUAUGGAGUUCCUUCCUAGAUGGAAACCACCACCUUUACAAUUGUAUCACUCGACAAGUGGAUCCUAAUUUGUUAUAUAUAAUUGAUAAUGAUAGAAUGUUGCUCAGGACUCUUUUUUUUUUUAAAAUGAUUCACUUAUUUGUAACCUAUAUAUAUGUCACCAUGUGUAGAAGUGAACCCCUCUUUUCUUGCGUGGCCGUAUUUUUGAACAUAAUUCGAAGCUUCCAUGGGACAUUUCAAUUAGCAUCCAACGGUGCAACGAAAUGGAAGCACGCGUACGCCUUCUUCUGCGCCUUCGCCAGCGUGCUCAGGAGGGACAUCCUGCCCCCUGCCACAGGGGUGAGCGGCGGCGGCGACACAAGCGAAGGAAGCGAUGUUAGCGGCGGAGAUGAACGAAGCGGCAGAAGUAAUGUUAGCGACGGAAAGAUGCAUAACCAGUGUGGGGGAAACUCACACCUUGUGCACAGCUUCGGGGGCCUCUGCUUCGGGCCCGGGAGGGCAAGUUCACCCAAGAGCGAUGCACGGAAGGGUGCUGCCCCCGCAGAAGGAAUAAAGAGUCAGGCACACCGAAAAGGGAAAAGCAAGAACGAACAAAUAGGAACCCCGUCAGAUGGUCAGUACUGCUACUACGCAACGGUGAAAAAUGAAGACGAAGUCGAUUCGGUGAAUUUAGCCAUACAUGUAACCAACACGAGCAAGGACAAUAUUUUUUUUUACAAAAGGUACAUUGAAGAACACAUUCACAAGGUGUUCCUACAUGUAUAUAAAUUGAGCGAACCAAAGAAGAGGAUCUGUUCAAAAGAAAAAAACAAGGAGGAAGGAAUUAGUGAUCCAUCAGUGUUUAAAAACUACGGGAAAUUAUUUCGAAAUUUUUUUCAAGAAAUUGUUUCAUAA